GUACCGGUUCGUCAUCACACGCGCGGAACUGCUCAUGGCUCCUUGUCAUUGUUCUACUUCUACGCGCGAAGUCUGGCACUCUCUUAGCCGAUUGCCUGGUCAUUUCUUCUUCUUCUCUCUCUCUCUCUCUCAGCCCACUUCGGACGAUACAAGGUGCAUUGUAACCUACUGCUGGCCUUUUUCAAGAUUUCACAACCAUGUAUCCGGGUGGUUAUACUGCUGAAAUCACAAACUUAUCACCGAGAUCUACAGAAAAGGAUGUUUAUGAUUUUUUUGCUCAUUGCGGUGCAGUUGAAUACAUUGAAAUAACAAGGUCUGGUGAAUAUGCUUGUACAGCUUACGUGACUUUCAAGGAUGCUUACACUCUGGAGACUGCUCUAUUGCUCAAUGGAGCCACAAUUGGAGACCGACGUGUAGGCAUUUCACGUUGGGGAGCAUUUAUAGAUGAGUCAGAUCCUUGGACUGGUCCUUCACAGAAGUCUGAUGAUGUCACUGGUGUUGUGGCCACUCAUGCGAUGCCUAUGGUUUCCUCCCCGAGUGAAGCUGUGACACUUGCACAGGAAGUUGUUGUGACAAUGAUCGCCAAGGGAUAUGAUCUGGGGAAGGAUGCAUUGACAAGAGCCAAGGCUUUUGAUGAAUCACAUCAGGUGUCAUCCACAGCAGCUGCAAAGAUCACAGAGCUGAGUGACAGAAUCGGCCUCACCGAUAAGAUAACUGCAGGCAGGGAAGUUGUGAGAUCCGUCGAUGAGAAAUACCAUGUCUCAGAUAUCACCAGAUCAGCAGUCCUCGCAACAGGAACUGCCACUGUUGUUGCAGCAACAGUUGCAGGAGAAGCAGCUGUAUCAGCUGCUCAUGCAGUUGUUAACAGCAGCUACUUCUCGAAGGGAGCUCUUUGGGUUUCAGAUGUCCUGAAUCAAGCAGCUAAAGCUGUGUCUGACUUGGCUAACCAUGGUAGUAAAUAAGAUAAGGAUCUUUAUUGUCCAUAAAAUAUAUUGACCCAUCACGGUUGGGCAGAUAAAUAAGUAAUGGUGGUUGCUCUCUCAGCAGCGUUAUAUAUGCCCUUAUGAUAGCAAUUGAAUUGGAGACAUUUUAGUCUGGUUGUGCAUAGUUCAGCCUUUUUUUUUUUGGUAAAAUGCAUAGUUCAGCCUUUUGUGUUCAUAAAACUCAAUAAGAACCUGGUGAUUAUGAAUCACUACUUUGCGCCAGAGAUUGUCUCCAAUAUGAUGUCUAAACCAUGCCUAUUGCCUUGUAUAUCA